CUUCACCACCAGGCAACACCAAUCUUCUCCCCUUCUCCAACUGCACUUCAUCCACACAGAAGCCACACAGAUUACACAGAACCAAGAAGCAGUCAAGAUGGGUAUUUCCAAGAUUCACGCACGUUCCGUUUACGACUCUCGAGGCAACCCAACGGUCGAGGUUGACAUUGUCACCGAGACUGGCCUUCACCGCGCCAUCGUCCCAUCGGGUGCUUCCACCGGUUCACACGAGGCAUGCGAGCUCCGUGAUGGAGACAAGAGCAAGUGGAGCGGUAAGGGCGUCACGAAGGCUGUUGCCAACGUGAACGAGAAGAUUGCUCCGGCUCUCAUCAAGGAGAACCUCGACGUCAAGGACCAAUCCGCCGUUGAUGCUUUCCUCAACAAGCUCGAUGGCACACAGAACAAGACCACCCUCGGUGCCAAUGCCAUUCUCGGUGUGUCAAUGGCCGUUGCCAAGGCUGCCGCUGCUGAGAAGCGUGUUCCACUUUACGCCCACAUCAGCGAUCUUGCUGGCACCAAGAAGCCAUACGUCCUCCCAGUCCCAUUCAUGAACGUCCUCAACGGUGGCUCGCACGCCGGUGGCCGUCUUGCUUUCCAGGAAUUCAUGAUUGUUCCAUCUCAAGCACCUACCUUCUCGGAGGCCAUGCGCCAGGGCUCCGAAGUCUACCAGAAGCUCAAGACGCUUGCCAAGAAGAAGUACGGCCAGUCUGCUGGCAACGUUGGUGACGAGGGUGGUGUUGCACCAGACAUUCAGACCGCCGAGGAGGCACUCGACCUGAUUACCGAGUCGAUCGAGGCUGCGGGCUACACUGGUCAGAUCAAGAUCGCCAUGGACGUGGCAUCAUCAGAGUUCUACAAGACGGAGGAGAAGAAGUACGACCUGGACUUCAAGAACCCCGACAGCGACAAGAGCAAGUGGGUCACAUACGAGCAGCUCGCAGACCAGUACCGCUCGCUCGCGAAGAAGUACCCAAUCGUCUCCAUUGAGGAUCCAUUCGCCGAGGAUGACUGGGAGGCUUGGAGCUACUUCUACAAGAACACCGACUUCCAGCUGGUUGGAGACGACUUGACUGUCACCAACCCCGAGUUCAUCAAGAAGGCCAUCGAGACCAAGGCUUGCAACGCCCUGCUCCUGAAGGUCAACCAGAUCGGUACCAUCACCGAGGCCAUCCAGGCCGCCAAGGACGCCUACGGUGCCGGAUGGGGUGUCAUGGUUUCUCACCGCUCCGGUGAGACUGAGGAUGUGACAAUUGCUGAUAUCGCCGUCGGUCUCCGUUCCGGCCAGAUCAAGACUGGUGCCCCAGCACGGUCUGAGCGUCUGGCCAAGCUGAACCAGAUCCUCCGCAUUGAGGAGGAGCUCGGCAGCAAUGCCAUCUACGCGGGAGAGAACUUCCGCACUGCUGUCAACGUCUAAGCACCCUAGAGUCUUAUGCAAGACCUUGAAUUCUCAGCGUAUGAAGUAGAGAAAUGACCGUAUGAAAACAAAAAAGUCAUGAUUGCUCAGCUCUUUUCCCCAUGGUACCAUCUUUUGCUUCUCUCGCUUUCCAAUGAGUGCCACGUCAAAUGACCAGUCUCGUAAUGCUCCGAUAAUUUGGCUUCGUGAAAUCGUCAGGGGGGAUAAUGCCAGCAACGCGGGGCACCUGCUGUCAGCAUCACACAGGAGCGUUGAUUGAUCAGGAUUCAGAAGCAAUAUGCGUGGAGCUCUUCCGGGGGAGGAGGAGGAGGAGAAAGGAGGAGAAAGGAGAAACUCGUAGGUUCAGGGCCGCGCUAACGUUCGGACUCGGAUCUUGUACCUGCUAGCGUGUUUUUGACUGUAUACAUGCCACAA